UUCUUGAACUUACGGCGUGCUCUAUCGCGAGUUGCCCUCGACCGAAAUGUACCCAAGAUCAUGAUUGUCAAUUGCUUGGAGGGCUCUGAUUUUUUAGUUUAAAUUAGCUUUCCAUUAAAGUGAGAGAGCUUUGGAGACAACGAGCAGCUGGAACGGGCGGCGCAGGAGCUGGAGAGCCUCUUGGGCGGCGUCAUCGCGGGCAUCGAGGGCCACAAGCGGCCCUGACCGAAAAAAAGACCAUUCAUUUUGAACAAUUGUGAUUCUUUAGCAAUAAAGUAGCGAGUAUAACAGAAAGUGGCGAGCGUUGUAGAAAAAACACCUGCCCUUGAGUCUCGGGGCUGCUAGGGGUGGGGGCGCGUGCGCCGCGUAAAGGGAGUACGCGUAGUGGUGCUCGGGCGAUAGUGAAUCAAUACGGGAUGAGGGCCUAAUGGAGGCGACCCGCUGGCUGUGCUUCGUUUGCCUGCUUCUCGUGGGCCCCAGUGCCCAGGACGAGGACAUUCCCCACAAUGAGGUCAAAAACUGGGCCCUCAAAUUCGGAGUCGACCUCUGGGAGUUUGGUCGCCAGUUCACAAAAAUGAAUGAGCUGCAAAGAAAAUACCAAGACUUCGAGGCCACCGUAAUACGUAAGGAUGGCUUGCUGCUCAUCCGCGAGCUGGCGGCAGAGGUCCAGAACAUGAUGGACAUCAAAAUGAACGCCGUCCUUCGCAUAAUGGACUCGGCGGAGCAGGCGGCGCUGACAAAACACACGUCGGCGUCCACCACUUUCUUGGACGCUCAGCGCCUCAACGCCAAAGACAACCGUGGCGCCAACGAGGUGAAACUGGUGGCCGGGCCUGCGGCUCACUUCGGAGGACUGGCUGUCAACACCACCCUGAGUGCAGUACUGCUUCCAUCUACUGUCGACCUGAAGGAGGCGGAGAGCGCCGUUGCCUGGUCAGAGCUGCUGGAGCCGCUCUUCGUCAACAACUACGAGUCCGACCCGGCGCUUUCAUGGCAAUACUUUGGAAGUUCAGCAGGAUUCACUCGACUCUAUCCAGCCGUUCAGUGGCCAACAGAGCCUCCGGACUCGAGAUCAAACGCCUGGUAUGUAGGCGCAGCCACCAGUCCGCGGGACGUCGUCAUUCUUUUUGACGCGUCUGGGUCCAUGGCUGGAGAAAAGCGCUCGUUAGCCCUUGCCACAGCAUCUGCGAUCCUCGACACGCUUGGCGCCAAUGACUUUGUUAAUGUAUACCGCUUUGCCGAGAACACUCAGGAGGUUGCUCCUUGCUUUAAAGAUUUGCUAGUUCAGGCAAAUUCUGAGAACGUUAGAGAACUUAAGUCGGCUAUGAGUGGAGUUAGGCCGGAAAAUAUAGCGAAUUUUACAGGGGCACUUGUUACAGCUUUUGAAAUUCUCCAUAGGUACAAUCGAACUGGGCAGGGAAGCCAGUGCAACCAGGCCAUCUUCCUAAUCACAGAUGGGGCUCCGAGCGAGUUCAAGGAAAUCUUCAAGCAGUACAACUGGCCCCACAUGCCAGUGCGCGUUUUCACGUACUUGAUGGCCCCGUCGGGAGGCUCUGGUGCUGAGCUUAACUGGAUGGCCUGCAACAACAAGGGUUAUUUUGCAAGGGUGAGCAACAAGAAGGAGGCGAAAGAUGCUGCUUUACGUCACGUUGAAGUUCUAGCUCGGCCAUUGGUGCUAUAUCAGAACAAUCACCCUUUAUAUUGGUCACCAUCCUUUGUAGACGUCAAACGCCAGUGCCUGGCUCCUCAUCCAGAGUGCCCGAGGCCAGAGCUCAUGACGUCUGUAGCAACUACAAUUUUUGACCGUAGAAACUAUUCAGUUCGCACAGCGCAACUUUUAGGAGUGGUAGGAACAGAUGUCCCUAUUAGUGAGAUACAAAAAAUGGUGCCACCCCAUAAGUUGGGAGUAAAUGGAUACGCUUUCAUGGUCAACAACAAUGGACAUGCGUUGUUCCAUCCUGAGCUGCGUCCCCUUCCUCAGCCCCCUGGUUCUCGUCCCGAGUACAGCUCGGUUGACUUGGCCUUGCUGGAGCUAGUGGAGGGUGAGGGCGCGCUCUACGAGAAUCACUCUCUUUUAAAUGAUUUGCGAAACGAUCUUAUUAAUCAGAAAGAGGGUGAAGCUGAAUUGACAGUUCUUGUGCAACAGGACAAGAUGCUACGUCAUAAACAGAGACGAGUUGCCUCAAGAAGGCAAAAAUAUUUCUACAAGGGCAUUGACGGCACUCCGUUCACCUUGGGCAUCGCUUUGCCCGAGGGUUACGGAAUGCACGAAGUUUUAGCUGAGCAGGAAAUUAAGCUCAGCAAAGUCAAUGUCACCGACUUCUUUAAGGGCGCCGAUUGGAAAGUUCAUCCUGAUUGGGUGUACUGUGAAUACAACUAUGCUAAUGAACAGCCCUUCAGCACACCUGAAGAUAGGGUAUUGCACUUUUUGAGCCGAACUUUGCAACCGGGCUGGAAAUGGAUGUCGUUGAGACCUCGUUCACCUUUAAAAGAUAGGGAACCAGCAGGACAUAAAAAGAUGGACCGAGAUUCAUACUACUGCGACAAGAACUUGCUGCAGUCGCUCGUUUUCGACGCAAUGGUCACCGAGAGUCUGGAGAGGCCCUCGUCCAGGGGCAAAGAGAACAAACAGCAAGGCUAUCAGAUGUUUGGUGUGGCGAUGACUUUCGUGGCCACUCGCAGCGGUCUGAUGAGGUGGAAGGACCACUCGGACCCCAUACCAGACCAGCCGCACUUCAGCGAAUCAAACAUGAGGUCUCUGGAUGAGGUUUGGUACCAAAGGGCCGUCGAGCAACACGCUGUUGAGCCAGACAGUUUUGUCUUCUCGGUGGAAGGAGAGUCGGACAAGGGUGCGCCUCUUGUCACAGCCAGUCAUGCCGUUUUUGUCGAGCACAAGGGCCACCGAGCGCCAGCAGCAGUUGUUGGUUUGCAGUUUAAGCAAACUGCCCUCACCUCUCAUUUCAUCAACAUAACUUCAACGUGCCAAGGAUAUCCGAAUUGCCGAAAGACUUGUGCCUCUGAUGAACUGGACUGCUACGUUUUGGACAAUAAUGGAUUUGUGAUUCUGUCGGAAUCCCCUGAGCACUCGGGAAAAUUCUUUGGCACGCUGGAUGGGACAAUAAUGGACUCAUUGGUCCAGGAUCGCAUUUUCAAGAGGGUUCCUAUGCAUGACUAUCAGGGCGCUUGUCACGACACUCGAACAACUUCGACAGACGCUGCUCCAAAACUUUAUGCGCCCCACCGGCACCUGAGUGCAAUUUUCCAGUGGGCAGGAGCCAAAGCGCUGUGGAUGCUGUCCAGCCUGAUUGCUCCCACUUGGUCGAUGCCAAUUCCUCAGGAAGAAGACGACUACGAAGAUGAAGAAAUUGAGUUUCCACCCGAGCCGAUGACUCCUGCGCCGCCACCUAAGCCCACAGCACCUGUACCCAUGGGACCGGCAAGGCCGUGCGAGAAGCGCUCGGAUCUCUACGUGUUGCAGCCAGAGAGGCUCAACACUAGUGGGUCAUUCAACCCUUUGAAGGGAAAACUGACCAACUGCCACGUAACUGGCUGCGAAAGGCCAUUCAGUGUGCAGAAGAUUCCUCACAGUAAUCUAAUCCUGCUAGUAGUCGACACACUCUGCCCGUGCGGCUCCAAGCAGCUGUUCAUCACACCCCAAGAGGUGCCACCGUCGGCCACCUGCCCCAAAGAAUCUCUCUUCCGCCGACGACCACAGACAUGUGUCAACUACCACCCAGAGGAAAUUGAAAUUAAGGUUUGCGGGAGCUGCACGGCUUUGAGAGCCUCACUUCUCUUCUGCCUUCUAACCUCGGCGUGGCUGAUGGUGGUGAGCUGAACUACAUAUCAAGCGAGUGUGAUGACUUUGUCUUCCAAGUGUUGGCCCGCGGGCCCUCGGUCACGGGACAAUAAAAGCGAUAAUAAUUUUUAACUCUAGCAAAAUGAAUGGGUGCACCGCGCGAGUGAGUCGUUGUUGUUGUUGAGUGCUGCCAAUUACAAUUUAAUCGAUUAAUAGUCUCUGUACCUCAAUUAAGAAAAAUUAAACAAAUGCCACACUAUUAAUUAUCACUAUG